CCGGGACAGGACCCAAGCCGUUAAGCGUGUACCGAGUUUACAUCGAGUUUCAUUUUCCGUCGAUUAUUAUUAUUUAUUUAUUUGUUUUUUUAAAUCAUUAAUUGGAUAUCUCAGUGGUAUUGGAAUUUUUUUGAGUUCACGUGGGGGUGGUGAUUUCGCGUGGUGUGAUUUUUGUGGAUGGGGGAUUUUUUUUUUCAAUUUCCAAGGGGUUGUGAUUAUGGGGGGAGUUUGAAUGGUGAGAGCGCGGGAAAGUGAGAGAGAGUGACAGAUUUACUGGUGAUUGUGAACUGGAACUUUUGGAUUUUUUUUUUUUGGCUUUUGGUGGGAAUUUUUUUUUUUUCUUUCGCGGGGUGGAACGUGGGGUGAUUGACGUGUGGGGGGAAUUUAUGGUGAGGAUAAAUUGGAGGUGAAGUGAAAAGUAAUAGGAACAUGAGAGACUUUGCGGUGUCUGACUGCGGGCGCACGUGCGCCCCACGAGGAAGUUACUACGAGUCGACGAGGUGUUACUGCAACGAGAGACGUUAAGGAGAGCCCCAGGGCUGGGAUAAUACCCAGGGGAGGUGGGAGGUGGCGUUUUUAGUGGAUGUUUUGUCCCUCUUCAAUCCUUUUUCUUCGUCGGGUUUGGGGUUUGUCGUGGUGCUUUAUCUCGCUGACGGAUUCGUUUUUCCACGGUUAAUUUACGAGGUUUUUUUUUUGGAGGGUCUUUUGGGGCACCUGUCCAGCACCUGGGGAUUACCGGGACGAAAGAAGGAAAAUACGGCACUACUGGUUUUAAUGCACGGGGGAGGAUGAGAGGCCGUCGACGGAGUGGACUGUCGUUGGUCAACGCAACCGUCAGCCCGACGAUUCGACCCUUGAUCGUACUCACGUUGGGACUCGUCGGACAUGUCAUCGGUUAUGGAUAUUCCAGGGCGUACAGCAGUCAAGAGUCACAUGGAAAUGGCCCAUCAUUCGUCCGUCCCGUUGGCAAUCAAACAGCGGCAAUUGGUCGUGAAGCAGUGUUCUCCUGUUACGUGCGAAAUAUCGGAAAAUACAAGGUGGGAUGGCUGAGGGCAUCGGACCAGACAGUACUCUCAUUGAGUACACGAAUAGUAACUCACAAUACACGUAUAUCAGUGACUUACGAGACCGGCGGUUGCUCGAGCACGUCAGAUAUUCCCAUGGGUAUUCACGGCGUGACCGGUACCAAUCAGGUCACCGACGAGGGAGUCAACUGCAUGUGGAAGUUGCACAUACGACAGCUCAAAGAGAGCGACAGAGAUUGCUACAUGUGCCAAAUCAAUACAGAUCCCAUGAAAUCGGAGCUCGGAUGUUUGUCCAUUCUUGUGCCGCCCGAUAUUGUUUAUGGGGACGAGACCAGCAAGGAUUUGUCGGUAUCGGAGGGUGAAAAUGUCACACUCAAUUGUCAAGCAACGGGUAUACCAAAGCCCCGAGUAUCCUGGAGGCGAGAGGAUGGGCAACACAUUCUCAUCAGGAAUUCGACCUCGUUCUCAAGUUCCUACAGUCGGAAGAUUGCCAAUUUCCAGAAGAUCACUCAGUACAAUGAAUCCAAGUUACACUUCCAUCGUGUAGACAGACAGCAGAUGGGAGUGUAUAUGUGCAUUGCCACCAACGAAGUGCCCCCAUCAGUCAGCAAACGCGUUACACUGGAAGUCAAUUUUGCCCCCGCAGUGGAAGUACGAGCUCAACUGCUGGGAGCACCAUUGGGCCGGAGUGUGCAGCUGGAGUGCUCCAUCGAGGCACAUCCCAACACGAUAAACUUUUGGGAGAAGAAUAGCAGAAUGCUUCUAGAUGGCCCUAAAUACGAAAUUCGAGAGGAUAGAACGGGUUAUCACGUGACAAUGACCCUUCUGAUAAAGAAAUUCACACCGGAGGACGUGGGUAGUUACAACUGCAUAGCAUCAAAUAGCCUGGGAAAAGCCGAAGGCUCCACAAGACUAUACGAGAUCGAAGUCAAAGAUGACAUGAUACUACGCGUAGGACUGGCAGAAGCUGCCCGUGGAGCAAGUUCUGCAUCGUUCUCCAUUCUCCAUCGGCCAUACCUCGUAGCACUCAGUGUUAUUUCAGUACUCCACUUGGUGUGUACACGGUGAACUAGUACAUAUCCAAAUCCAAACAAGAGGAAUAAAGUAAAAUAAAGUAUAUGAACACAAACUGACCUACAGAUAAAUGGCCGGUGAGUUUGUGUUGCGCUUUUCACACUGAAAACAAGGGAUCGACCCGGUGAUCCGUACAUGUACCAUUUUUGUGUGCCAAAAAAGAUAGUAAAUAAAACUAUGAAACUGAAUAGAAUGAGCGAUUGAGGAUUAAAUCCCGUGGAUUUGAAUUCUCGUGCUUUUUCUUACUUUUUAGUCUCAAUCCAGAAAAUAUAAAUGAUCGGCGGGAUGGAGAAAAAAUAAUGAAAAUUGUCUUUGUCGUCAGCCUACUGUAUAUUUGUCUUUUAUUAAUGCAUCCUUUUCCCGUACCUAAAGUAUAAUGUCGAAAUUCCUGUCCAAAUUUCAAUGGGGAUAUUUUUUCUGUGCCAAAUUAUCGGGAGAGGGUACACUGGGAGAGGAUUUUCUCAGUUUUUCGAAUUUUAUCGUGAAUACUAAAUUAUGAAUUUUCAUUCAACACCCGGCAAAACUGGAUUUUUCCAUGACUUGAAUUUUCUGAAUUUCUCUAUUCAGUUUGUGCGUCGGUAAAAUUUGGAAAAUAUAUUUGAAACAUCCGUGAAAAUUUCCCAGUGUAUCCCGAUAAACAAUUCCAUAUCAAUAAACUUAUCGUACUCGUACAUAUCUCAUAUGAAUGACUGAAACUCUCGUGAAAUUAAUUCUGAAAAAUCCACAGCUUCUGGCAAUUAACGAUCGCAGAAUAACAUACACUCAAACUCAUUAAACUAAAAUCUCUUAAUCAUUCAUAUCAAUCCAAGAUAUCCAUCGGGAUCCCAAUAAUUCGAUAAAAUAAUCGUCAAUUUUCUUACCCAAAAUAAUCUAGACAGGAAAAAAAAUGGAUAAUUCAACAAGCAACAUUUCAAUUAACGAAUCACUUAAUUCAGCUAUUAUUUCCAGAUUGAAUACUAGUUGUAAUUUUUUAUGGUAUGUCUUUUCUGGUAUAUCUCAAGGCCAGCAGAACUGGACCUUACUUUAAGCGAUUAAUUUUUAACGAUCAAUUUCUACGUGGAUGAAUAUAUAAAUGAUGUAAAAGGCGCUCAGUUUUGCUCAGACAUUGCAAAAUGUAAGGGGUGUGGUAUUACAUCCCUUAGAUUAAUUUUAUGGCCAUUCCAAACGUUAAUACGUGCCGUGAAAUUUAUUUGGAGCCUGCGAAACGUUUAGGGGUAGCGUAAAUAAGGGAAAUUCGUAUUUAUUUUCUUUUUUCUUUUAGGUCUGACUAUUUUAUCUCGUGAGUGUAUUUUUCGCAAGAAUGUUGGUAAUGUGUACGUGAUAUCCAUAUUUAAAACGAGUAUCUGUGUAUAUACACUGAAUAUGUGGGGCGAAAGGGAGAGUGUGAGGGAGUAGAACAAAAUGGGGAAUGUAUGUAAGGCAUGUACUAACGGUGUUAUUCAUUAAAACGCAAAAUAAUGUCACAGUGCUCUAUUUUUUCGUGCUUGCCCGACAAUACGGACACCCACUCGACUGACACAAAAAUAUGAUAUUUAAACA